AUGCCGAUCGAUUUUCAACUCACAGAAGCACAACGGCAGCAGCAACAAGAUGCUCGCAACUUCGCAACAAAAGUUCUGGGCGGAGCCUUCGCAACAUAUAGCAAGCUUCCGACGCAGUCAGCACGCUUCCAAGCCAUACGACCAUUCUAUCGGCUUGCGACUGCUGGCGGGCUUAUCAAAGGACAGAUUCCUGUAUCUAUGGGAGGCACAAACGAAAGUCUCGUCGAUGCUGCCAUUGCGCUCGAGGAGAUGUAUGCUACGGACGUGAGUGUAACGUUAACGGUUGCAGGAACUGGUCUCGGCUUGACCCCGCUUAUCUUGAGUGGGCAUGAGCGUUUGCAGAAGGAAUGUCUGAAGCCUUUCCUCGAAGCUGGUGAGGAAGGAGAGCCGUUGGCGAGCUUGGUUCACUCGGAGCCGCAGGGGACUGCGAACUGGUUGGAGAAAGGUGGGAAUGGGUUGCAGACUACUGCUGUGAAGGAUGGGGAUGAUUGGGUUGUCAAUGGCGACAAGCUCUGGACGACAAACAGCCCCGGGUGGGACUCGCGUGGCGCAGAUCUCCAGUGCCUCGUUUGUCGGCAGGUCCGUGAAGCUGGCGCGCCUCAGGAUCCCCAUGCCGAUCCGUCCGCAUCAAUCAUCGUCUUCUGCCUGACCCGGGAAACGAUCGCAUCUAACUCUUCCGAAGCCUAUGAAAUUCUCGACGAACCUGAGCUCGCUGGGCAUCCGGCCACAUCUGGCCCUCACACUCGUCUCACAAAUCUCCGGAUCCCCUCAUCUUUCGUGUUAGCGCAAGGCACCGCCGCAGCGCAAGUCAUCGAGCAAUCUUUCACCGCUUCCGCUGCUCUCGUUGCAGCUUUCGCGACCAGCAUCAUGCGGUCUGCAUUCGAUGCGGCUUUGACCUUUGCAAAAGCUGACUCUCGCGGCGGAGCUUUGCCCAUCAUUGAACGACAGAGCGUGGCAGACUUGUUGAUGGAUACAAAAAUGCGCCUCGACACUACAAGAUUAUUGACAUGGAAAGCUUUGCACGCUUUGGAGAAAGGUCCGGGAGACUUUCCUUCGAGACAAGAAUUAUGUCUUGAGGCGAAGAUCUAUGGAAGUGAGAAUGCGGUCAAAUCUGUGGUGGACUGCAUGAAAGUUGUUGGAAUGACUUCGUAUCGCACUGACCAAGCGUUUGCGAGGUUGCUGAAUGAUGCGAUGUGUCUGCCUCUAUUUGACGGAGGUAAUGUUGGUGUGAGGAGGAGGCAGUUUGAGAAGAUUCUCAAGAUGGAGAAUUAUGAGUCGACAUGGGGUUUCUAAUGAACCUGGGCUCGCUCAGGAGGACCCCGUGGGUAAGCUAACUCAGGUUGAUCUGUUCAGCUAAGGCUCUCAAAAGUCAUGCAGGUUUGCGC